GGAAAGUUUCAGAAAGUAAAACUGUCGCAGUUUUGUUAAUUUUUCGCUGAUGUUGCCAGAAUAAAUGAUAUAUAAUACAAACCAAAACAUGUCGGUAAUAUAAAAGAAGGUAAAUAAUCAGAAAAAUGGUGGUGGAGUUGCCAGAUUUAAUCGGAGUACAGUCGAAGCAAGCAGAUCGUAACAAAAACAACAACAGUAACAACAAAAAUAUCAUCUCUUCAACCAACAAAAUGCCCGAAGCAAGCAAAACUGAAAAGGAACAAAUGACAAUAGAAAAGAGCAAUCCCAAAAUAAAGACGCAAGACCUUCAAAUAGCAUGUGACAAAGCUGAUGGUACUGAAGUCGAAUCAAACCGUAGCAAUGAACAAAACGGAAUGGCAGAUGGGAGCAGAAACAAGUCAAAUGGUAUUGCUACGACAACUGUACCAUUGGCUGUGUAUAAGGACUCUGACAGAAGCAUUGAUGCUACUAUUAAAAAGAUGAGCAGGCUUAAGGUUAAUGACUCCAGAACAGUGAAAGCUGAUAUAAGUGCAGAUGAUAUGCAGUCAACAUUGACCACCAUUGAAACAUUUGAUUCUGGUGAGGAAGCACUGUUAAAACAAAUGACAAACUUGGAAAUUGGGAAGGAACGUCCUCAAGGAGAGUUAGUAGACCAUGGGCCCAAUAAUGGUGUUGCCGUUCCUAUAAUAUCAAACCAAUCACAAAUUCAGUUCCGCAAUUACCAGACUUACACCAAUGAGCAGACAGUACAAGGAGGAAAGAGAAGUUACUAUGGAGAUGAAGAAACACUUAAAUACAUGCGCCCAAACCCAAAUGCAAUCACAAACCAACCUCCCAACAUAGAAUACCAGUCCCAGCAAGGCUUUCUCAGUCAAACUAUUCCAACGAUGCCUCAGAAUAUUCUACCUAAGCCUAACGCUAACAGUGUAUAUACUAACAGGCAUCAACCUGUAGAAAGCACUGACCCCACAGUCGUAGCUACUACAAAGUCAUACAGCAAAUGUUGUGGCGGUCAAGUCAAGGUGUCUAAAUCUGCUCAAAUACCAAGCCAAUAUCAAAUACCAAUAUCUUCGGAAAUGUAUAAGAAUAUGGCAGUUCAGCAAGGCCCUUUAUUGAAUCGAGAUGCUGGGUUCACACAAGUCCCUCAGCUGGGUCCCCAGAUAACCGAUGCCUUUGACCUGGAUGAAGGAAACAAUACCAGUUUGGAAUUUACCCAGAAUGAUGCUAAUUCAUUGUUGAAUGGUUUGGAUAUGAAUAUCUUGGCUGACCAAAUAGCUGACCAGUUGCCUCAAGAAAUCCAAGGACAAGCAUCUUAUCAACCAACCAACCAGUUUUCUAAUACAAUGAUCAACCAGAAUGCAGAUCAGAUAUGCAGCCAGUUACAUAACCAAGUAAUUCCCACUCAAUAUUGUGACCCAGCUUUCCAGCCAAUAUCAAAUCACACAACCAUACAACAGCCUAAUCCCAAUGUGCCAAGUGGAAUUUCUAAUACCACACUUUAUCCUGGUUCAGGUCAAGCUCAGAAUUAUCUUGGUAAUGCUGCUGUCCAAGGAAUUCAGAAAUAUCAGGGUGUACAAGGUCAGAACUGGAGAGACCACAUACCAACAAGCCAAAUCCAGAAUUAUCAAGUUCCAGUCAGCCAAAUUGCAAAUAACCAAAGUCCGAUACAACAAAAUUAUGCCCCAUCAAGUCAAGCCCAGAAUUAUCAGGAUACGACAGUCUCAGUCCCUAAAAUGUCUGAUCAACCAAGCCAGAUGCUGAAUUAUCAAGAUCCAGCUAACACAAUCCUAGAAAAUCAGGUCCCAUCAAGUCAGAUCCAGAAUAUUCAAUCUCAAGACCUUAACAUGUACUCCCCACCCCCUAGUGCUAAUAGCAUGGGGUCUGUCCAGUCUCCCCCCAGCGUAUCAAUGUUACAAAAUGCAGAUUCACCCAGGAGUGUCCUCAACCAGCAAGCUUACAGCCCCCAGACAGGCCAGACAUAUAGACAGCCACCAAGUAACAGUAGCCAGGGGACAAUAUACCCUUAUUCACCACAGUCCCAGAAGUCUCCUGGGUCCACAGUUGGUGCUCCUUCGCCUGGAAGUAUUGCACACAGUCCGGCAGAUAGUGGUAUUGAUGAACGUUUUGAAGAGGUUUUUGAAGUUAUAGACAUUGUAGAUGCGAAAGAGCAGAAAGAAUCAGAAAUUGAAAAAAUCAAAAACUCACUGUUAAAAGGAAUUGUCACAGAAAAACCAAAACCAGUUGUUAUCACAGGUCCACCUAGCACUGACUACCCACCAAAUUCUAUUCUUAAAGAUGCUCUUAAUGAAGCGAAACCACUGAACAAAGCUGAUUCAAGCAAGACAACACAAAGUCCUACAAUACUUCAAGCUCAACCUGUAGCUGUCUUCAUCCCAACGAUGCCACAAGAUGCAACAAAAACUGCACCUGGCAAAGGCAAAACUGGCGUUAAGCCACUCCGUAAGAUCCUUCCUAAACCAGACCCUACUACACCUAGUAGCAGCAGUCCGAGUGUUGGAAACACAACUAAGAAUAUGAGCAGGCCUAUUAGCACUUCUCCAAUGAUAGCACAGCAGCAACAGAAUGCUACAAGGCAGAUACAAAUGGUCAGUGGUGCCCAGAUGGUCCCUGUGAUACAACAACAGGGACUCCAACAGGCUCCUGUGCCCCAAGUGGUCAUGAUGAACCAGAACCCCCAAGUUAUGAUGCAAGGACAGGCACCAGUGGCUGCAUUGAACCUCAUACCAGCAGGUACCGUGAUGAGUGCCCCAAACAACAGCCCUGUUACGCCCAAUGAUCUGACAAAAGCAAGGCGAUCCAUCAGUCGCCUGAAGAUUGGCAACCUCUUAGAAGCAGAUGAUGACGGAGAUACGCAGCUUCAUAUAGCUGUAUGCCAGGUGCAAGAAAGACCAGAGAGCAUAUAUCUGAUCCAGGCACUUUGUGAACGUCUGCUGAGAGAGGGACACAUUCAUAUCAUCAAUAAGAAGAAUUUACUUCAUCAGACACCAUUGUACCUGGCCACUGUUGUAAACAGGGCAGACCUUGUCAAGCUGCUAAUAGGAUUUGGUGCCAAGGUGAAUGCCCCAUCUGAAACUAAGUCUCCUCUCCAUUAUGCUAGUAGCCAUGGCAGCAAGAUGCUUGCUGUUCUUGAUGUGCUCUUGAGUGCCACUGAUGUGGAUGUACAUAGCUUUAAUCAAGAAGGCAAGCAAGCAAUCCACUGCUGUUUAAGCAUUCACCGCCAGUAUGUUCAAGGGGACAUCAUAGAUAGCAGUCAAGUAUUUGAGAGGCUGCUAGCGCAUGGCGCUAACCCUGGCCAAGAGGAUAGAAAUGGCAACGGUAAAACUGCUUUCCACUAUAGUGUAGAAUCGAGUGACCUUGACCUUGUUAAAUAUCUCAUGACUCUGCCAAACAAGAUAUCAAUUUUACAAAACAAAGUGACAUAUAACGGCAACACAGUUCUGCACUCAGCUGUUGGCGCCAUCAACAAGAACAAUAUAGAGACUCAGUGUAAAAUCAUACGGAUUUUGCGACAAAAUGGUGCAUUCUCUGAUGUAAAAAAUAACGAGGGGUUUCGGCCUAAAGAUUUGAUUCCUACAUGUUUAAGAAACAGUGACAGUUCAUUGAUAGAUAAGGUGCUUGGUGCUAUAUGUGGUGACACAAGACAAUAACAAUGAGUCACAGAUCAAAAUUGAAUAUUGACUCAUCACUGUGCAUAGUGUAUAUAGCUUUGAAACACACAACAUGACUAUGCAGAUAAUACCCAGUUCACUGCAAAAAGGGGAGAUGAGCUUAUUCUUUCAAGUUCUUCUUUUUAAAUUCUUCUUGUUAAUUGUUGAAACAGAGGUUAGAGACGGAUAAAACUUGGUUUAAAUGGGAGAUGGACAUGUUAUUUUGUCUGUUUGAAAUAUUAGAAUCACUGAAAGGAUGAGCAAAAGCUAUUUUUCCCACAUUUUCAUUUUUAGUUCAACAAUUGUUUAUGAAGAUAGAACUGGUAUUAUGAAAUCUGAUGUGAAGGAAAUUUCAGAAUGAGCGAAGAUAUUUUGUGCAAACUCCUU